AUAUUAAAUCAAACGUUUUACUAGAGAAGUUGUAAAUUUGAGUUUGUUAAAUCCAUUUUUGUCUACAAUAUUUGGAAUAUAGCAGUGAUAAAUAACUGAAGAGUAAUAGUAAUAUAUCAAAUAUUGUCAAUAUUUUUUCCAUAGACUUAGACGCCUAAACUAGGACUGAAAAUGACUAUUUAUAAUUAAAUUAUUUAAUUUAAGUUAAGUUGAUAAUAACCUAAAUUAAUGUUAAUAAAAUCAACUCACUAAAAAUACUAAAUUAAAUUUUAAACAGUGUUCUGCUUCUAUAUUUUUAGGGCCCACUUUCAAUGUAAUAGUGUUCUAUUAUUUAUUAUUAUUAUUAUUAGUAGUAGUAAAUUACUCCUGUCAAUGCAAAUAUCUAUUAUCAUGCCGAUUUUUACCCCCCCCCCCUUUCCCCUUUCCNCUGUUUACUGUCCUUUACAAACCCUUUAAAUAAUUAACCCUCACUCCCAAAGGUAUCGAAUUACUGCACCUAUGUCAGUGACCUUUCCCUAGAACAAUGGGGAAAUUACACCCUAAGGCCUAAGGUGUGGAAGACCCAGAGAAUUCUAUUUGCUGUCAUGGCUAGUUGUUGCUGCCUUCACUUUAAAAAAAAAUAAAAAUUUUUUAUGCAUUUUGACAUUUUUGAUAAGCAGCAGUAAAUUUUUUACUUGUGAAUUAUGUUUGUGCAUUACUUAUAUUGGUAAUUUUUAUCUUGUUUCUAGAAAGUUAAUUAGGGAAAUGAAACUACAAUAGCUAAAUUAUUUUCCUUUGUUAUAUUUUAUUCCCAUAUAAUUUAAGCGGGUUGGGGGGGGGGGGUGUAUGUUUUGGGAAUACAUGGCUGCAAACAGUUUAACCAUCUUGAGAGGGCCGGCUGAUCUAGUGGCACAUGGUUGAAUGGCGAAAAAGACGAAAGGCCAAUCUAUUUGCCUUCUGCGCAAGCGUAGCGCCUCCAAGGAAACUUUGGGGUGUCCACAUGGGGUUUGCCUCUUGGUACUGUUCUCCCGAAGCGAAAAACCCCGGCCGACUGCAAUGGGAUUAGCAACGUCAUAACAUGAUUACUUGUUGACGUUGAUGAAUAUGAGGCUUGGGUGGCGGAUAAAACCCAUGCCGAUGAUUUUAGAUACGCAGCCUUGAGAAAGCCACUCCUAGGCAAACUUUGUCCUGGCAGAAAGACUCCCUGGGUGGUGGGGGGUGGUAACGCAACACCUUCCCUCCGGAGUGGAAGCAAACCCGCCCAAGCCAAAGGAAAGUCAGCUGCGAAAGUGUUUUCGGUCAACUGGAUUUCCCCAGGUUAGGGGGGAGGUUCCCGGCGUGCCACUGCACGGUCUGGCAGCGGGAGAUUGGCUGGCUUGUCGGUAUUCAUACCAGCCAAUCAGAUUGCUUCUUGCAUUUCAUCUCGCCAUUUUAAUGGUGGCUUUCAUUGAUAUUUUAGGGUGUUCUGACAUAUCCAUUUUUUUUGUACCUAGUGACCCAUAAAAAUGCUUUUAAAAUAUGUGACCUUGAAAUAUGUCAAAAGGCAUAGACAACCCCAGGGGAAUAUUUUAUGUAGGUUUUUCACACUGCAUCUCACUCAAAUAUAAGUCCUAAUGUGUAUUUAGAUAUGGCUUGAAUAGUUUUGUGAAAAACACAUUUCACUUUGCCUUGGAGGUCACUCCUACACCUAUUAUACAUGCACCUUUUAUGCUGACAGUCACUAACACUAACAGGUUGAUAACCAAAUUUUUGUUCAUGUUUCCUGGUACAAAUAGCUCAUAUGGGUAUUAAAUUCUGAUAUUGAUAUGAUGAUAUUUGCAGUUUGGCUUUCAUUGUACUCUCAUUUUGAGGAAUAGGUUUUACAUUAUCAUUUAUAAUUUAAAAUAAUAAUAUAAAAUAAUACCGGUAUUAUAUAAUAAUUUUAAAGAUUUAAUAAAAAUAAAAUGUCUUUUAAUAAAGCUGUGUACUAUUUAGAAUUACAAUAAUCAAAAAAAUUAAUUAUAAUAACUAUUAUAUGAUUGUCAAAUUAUUUAAAGUUCAUUCACAAUAAAUCAGACAUAAACUUGUAAUUUAUCAAACUCUUUUCAGGUUGAACUAUUGUAGAUACUCCUAGCUUAUUUUAGCCAUGUCGUACAUGCUUCAGCAUUUACACAAUGGCUGGCAAGUGGACCAAGCAAUACUUUCAGAAGAGGACAGGGUGGUAGUCAUUCGUUUUGGUCAUGACUGGGAUCCAACAUGCAUGGUUAUGGAUGAAACAUUAUAUAAAUGUGCUGACAAGAUGAAGAAUUUUGCAGUGGUGUACUUAGUGGAUAUUACAGAGGUACUUAUAGUUCUAAUUGGUUUUUUUGUAUAUUAGUUAAUGUAAUUUGUAAAACUCUUGUUUCUGAUUCUCUUAUUUGUUAAAUGGAAUAUUUUGAAGCAAUAUCAAUAUAAAAAAAUCACUAAAGUGCACUCAAGAUUUACACUAAGAAUAACCUACAUGUCUUGCUUUUGUGGGUUGGGGUGAUAGAGGCAUAGAAUUUUCUUAAAAGAAAGAAGAAAAUUAAAAGAUAAUAAAUUUUGUAUACGCUGUGUGAAAAGAAUCUAUUUAUUAUUUUAAAAGAACUGGAACAUAUGCAACCACAAUUAAAAACCUACUUUUGCAUACAUUUUGUAUGUCUUUUUAAAACAUAUCAGUUUAUAUAAAAUAUGGUGUUUUUUUUUAAGUCUAUCUAAAAGUAAAAGAAACUUGAUUAUCUUUUCAGGUGCCAGACUUCAACAAAAUGUACGAAUUGUACGAUCCAUGCACAGUCAUGUUUUUUUAUCGCAACAAACAUAUCAUGAUAGAUUUAGGCACUGGAAACAAUAAUAAAAUUAACUGGUCUAUGGAAGAUGUCCAAGAAUUUAUAGACAUUGUUGAGACAGUUUAUAGAGGUGCAAGAAAAGGCAGAGGUCUUGUAGUUUCUCCAAAAGAUUAUUCCACAAAAUACAGAUAUUAAAUGUGGAUGUGGAAAAGUCGAUUUAUUGAACUUGAGAACUUUCAUGCUGGACACUAUUAACAUUUAGAUAUAUAAUGUAUUUUAAGCUGCAUUUUUUGUUUCAGAUCCUUGAAUGCAGAUUUUUUUGUAUACCGUAAUGAUUAAAAAGCAAUGUAUAAAAAUCUAAUAAGUUUCCUUGAAUUUAUUCUCAAUAUUUCACCAUACAAAAAUAUUUGAAACAAUAAAAGAAACCCCAGGGUUGUAGCCCCC